AUGCCGAUGUGGUUGAGAGCGAACGUCAAGGGCCGAGCGUUUGCGCUGCAGCCAAUUGUCAGUGUCGGAACGGUAUGGUAUGCAGAUGAGCCCGAAAUGGAUGGUGAAUGCACUGCGACGGGUGCGGCACCGUUUGUGAAGCGGACGCGAACGCGGACGCGGACGAUUGUUCGACUGUCGCGAUGGUGGAAAGGAGUGGCAAUUGGGCGUGGUCCCCAGACAGCAGCUCGUCCGGCAGCAGGAAGAGCGGAGCUGUCUCGGCUGGAAGCCUCGAGCGAGGGAUUGAACGCUGGCGUGAAGGGCGUUCGCAGUCGCCUGCGUGCAGAACUCAAUUGCUCUGUUGCUCCUGAGAUGGAAGGGUGGCGCCGAGCAGGGAAAUGGGUCGGUCACGCUCUUGGCGCCGGGCGAGGUUUGCUGGCGACGUCGAGAGCCGCAACAAAAGGCAGCAAGGUGUGUGGUGUCAAUGUGGUGUGUGGUUUGCGCUGCUUGCCUUGCCUUGCCUGGCUGGCCUUGCCUUGCCUUGCCUUGCCUUGCCUUUGCGCUGCACUCGCAACUCACUACUACUCACACUGCGCUGCAAAAGAGCGGGCGCGGGCGACGGGUGAGCAGGGAAACUGGGUAGAGUUCUCGGGACGGCGUUUUAGCGUCGAAAGUGAUCAUCUACUUUCGACCUUAUUUCCUGCCCCCAGCCAACUUCAGAGCCAAUCAAUUGCGAAUGCGAUGCCGUUCCUUCAAACUGCCGACCUGCAGACCGAUGGAAGAGUGGGCGAUGGCGCUGAUGAAGAGACGGGACAGCGAUGGAGAUGCUGCACUGCAGAUGGCGGCGUGGGAGAAGCUGAAGAGCAGGCUCACAAGACACCAGCCAGACAGCCAGGCCGGGUGCAGCAGCAGCAGCCUGGUCCAACGUCCACCACCACCACCACCACCAGCCGCUCUAGCCGGGUUGGUCUUGUGAAACGGGCAAGCGAAGGACUGCGCAACGCGACGCACCUCAUCGACAGACAGAUGCAGACGCAGAUGCAGACGCAGCCCGCUCCGGUCCAGCCUAGCUGGUUCAUGCCACUCUCUCACAACUUGGAAUGCAGUGCCAGCCCUGUAAACAUGCCGUCCCGACCCGAGCAGAACCAGAACCAGAACCAGAACCAGACAACACGAACAACCAUUAUUAUUAUGAUUGACCUCAGAGGCUCAGACAGAGCCGGCACAGUAACCACUAGUCUCUACGGUGACGGGGUAUCGGCUCAAGACCGAACCGAAGUAGUAUUGUUGUGUACAUCGUAUAUUAUACUGGUGUACACCUAUGGAUAUACAUCGGGUAUACCCGAAUACCAGGAUAUCCGAGCAAUAUUAAGCAGCUUGGCGGGAUGUAGGCGGGAUAUCAGCGUAUCCGAUAACUCCGCGUUGGUGGACCACAUCACUAAACCGAAGCCACUUGCAGACACACACGCCCCUGAUUUGCUCGCCAGUCUCAGGCCUAGAACGAAUGCGGACUCUCAUCUGAACACAGCAGCAGCAGCUCGUAUCCUCCCAGCCUCCAAGUCUGAUCAGCGACCCCGACCUCAAGUCCCUUCUUUUUAUAUGCAGGAAGUACAGCACAUAAUAGACGCGGUUCAUCAGCCGGGUCAACAAUGCUGUACGGUAACUAGUAACUACUGUACUUGUGACAAGAACGGCAAGCAAGAUGAUGUCCUUCCUUCCUUCCUUCCCCCUUGGCGGGGCGGGCGGGCGGGCGUCCAACUUGAUAUCAAGCUCAGCGUUAGCGUCUUCUUAAAUCCUUCCAUGCUGCAUUCUCGAAAUUGCGUAGAUCGGGAAGUCCCGACGGCUUUCGUCCCACCAGUUCUCUGCCACUGCAUCGCUGUCCACCAAACCACGCCUGGCAUCUCUGCAGGGGCGGGGGCGGGGGCGGAGGAGGAGGAGUCGAUCUCACAUUAUUCUCAUCUCAUCUCAUCUCAUCAUCACCACGGAAAAGAGCAGCCGACAUUCAAUGGACGUCCUUCGCGCAUAAAUUACCUCCGUCACCAUCUCUGUCCUACUGAUACCCAUAUUCUUCUGCAAGGAUCGUACAGUACACAUCCUAUCCCGAGUGGCUUGGUUGGCCGGCAUAAUGCGCUGGCAGACGUAGUACCAACCCAGCUCUGUAUGACUCGCUCAAGACAAGAGUCGGAGCAUGUCAGGUACAUGCAUGAACCCUUUCGUGUGACGCCUUGCAUUCGUCAUGAUCACCACUGCGUUCUUCAGCAUCAUCGAGAACAGUGUGACAUGAUUGUUCAGCUUCAGCUUUUGACAGUCUUAGGCUCUCCAUGCUCCUUCAGCUCUCGACACCUUUGUCGCGCUGCAAUAAUACCUUACAUCUUCUGUACAAACAAGAACGUAAGUGGGUAUCAACAUUCUUCCCAAAAUCUCCCAAAUAGAGAUUGCAGUCGACCGCGCCAGAUACAUCCCAAAAAUAUUCUGAUCCUCGCUAUGCAGAAAGUGUGGCUGAAAUGCCAGAGAGCGCUCGGAAUGCGGCAGUAGAAAUAAUUGUUUAGUAGCGAUAGUCAGGCCAUGUAAGUCGUUAGGCAUAGCUCGCGGUCGCAUCGGGGGGCGUGUCCAAUGGCAUUGUGAUUAUGUUUGCCAGUAAUUAGCAGUCUUUCAAGCCAUUAUCGGGUUGAUUAAUCUCGUCGUGCGCCUUUCUGCGAGCAUAUCUCGGCGUCCAGGAGGUUGCAGCGAUCCGCCAGGCCCGCCUCUGCGUGCUUGAGCGCGCAUAGCAGCAAGAGCGUGCCGUUCGCAGAACACCUUGCCAGUGAUCUCGAAGUAAUCGUCAGAUAGCACUGUGCGACACUCCCAGCAUGUGAAGCAGCGGGGAUGGAACUUCUUGUCCACGUUGCCAAAUCUGCUCGAGCUGGUCGUUUCCAGGUACUGGCCUUCAAUGCCUCUGUGGCAGCCGUGGCACAGAGAUCCGUUCUUCUCAUGAUAAUCAUGCUCGCAGUAGGGCUCGUUGUCGAUGACAUAAAAGUCAGCAGUGACGAAAGGCUUUGUGCACGAC